UUACUGUUAUUAGCCUCUGCGUACUAAACACUCCGCGCAUUAGUCUGACCAAUAUAUAGAUAAACACACGGUGACUGUGGUCCGAUGUUAUGCGUGAUACCGCGGGGAUAAACAAUGAUCUACUACACUGAAAAAGAAAUCAAAGAAGAAAUCGACAAGGGGAAAAUCUUAAUUCUAAGUGAAGGAAAGGUUUACGAUGUGACGGACUUCGCAGAUAGGCACCCAGGAGGCCGCGAACACCUGGUCAAACAAGUUGGAAACGAUGUUACACAACAAAUGGAAAGUGAAACUCCCCAUCACCAUAGUUUAGCAGCAUACACGAUUCUUAAAAAAUAUUGCAUUGGAAAUUUAAUGCAGAAAAAUGGAGACCUCAGACAUCGGAAUGGAACAGUAAAAAGAAAUGGAACAACAACAAAUGGAACAGUUAAUGGAACAGCAAAUGGUGUUGCACAUAGCAAUGGAACCGUCCACUCAAAUGGUCACAGCAGACACCAUGAUAGUUCAUUUCCAGAUGAUCCAAUCAACUGGGACGAACCUAUUCUUUUCCAAGUUCCCAAACUAGGUGACCGUUAUUUCGAAUGGGUCCAUCGGCCAAUAGACGGUCAUCUACGACUGAUGAAGUCGGAUAUCUGCGAGUCUUUUUCUCAGUGUCCGUGGUACAUGGUACCCAUGGUUUGGAUCCCCGUUGUAAUGUUGUUAUUGUACACUUCCUAUACCAGUCUAAGAGAUGAGCCAUGUUCCUUCGCAGUCACUUUUUCUGAAGACUAUAACUUAAGCAUUCCAAUAACCUCCUACCACCUGCCUUUACUGUAUAUAGUUGGGUUCUUGCUGUGGACAUUAGACGAGUAUGUUAUUCAUCGCUGGUUGUUCCAUUUAUGCCCUCCCUCCAAAUACCCGGUGAUCGUCAUACUUCACUUCCUGUUUCACGGCCAGCAUCACAAGGCCCCCAUGGACAAAAUGCGGCUGGUGUUUCCCCCCCUCCCCGCGGCCUCCCUGGCUCUAUUACUCUACUCCGUGUACUGCCUGUUCAUGCCCUACACAAUGGCCCUGGCGGUGUUUGCGGGGAGCAUCAGCGGCUAUAUUGUGUAUGAUAUGAUACACUACUAUCUACACCACGGGACACCUUACGGCAGUUAUUUUAGGGCACUUAAACGAUAUCAUGUAAAACAUCAUUAUCUGGACCAGCAAAAAGGUUUUGGGAUAUCUUCCAAGAUGUGGGAUUACCCGUUUGGUACCCUGAUCAAGGAAUAAAGUCGGUCUGCUGAACCUUAUGGGCAGACAACUCUGCUAUAUGUCUCGGACCUCUUCAGCCCCUGUGUUAUGUUAGGAGUGAUGGUUCUCUCCCUUAUCUCUCACUCUCUCUCUCUCUCUCUGUUGUGUACAAUGUAACGUGAAUUACUAUACUAUAUCAAUCUGUAACAUAUACAAAAUACUCCAUAUAUUCCGGAAUCUUUGCAAGAAAAGAAGUGCUUUUUUUUUGGUGGAUUUUUUUUUCUUGUUAUUUUUUUUUUUCAUUGUAUUCAUUUUAAUUUUUUUUUUCAAGAAAAGAUAUUUGAGAAUCAUUUUUUAAUAGUUUUUCCUUUUGAAUUUUAUAUCUGAAAUCCUUUAUUUAUAAUUACAACUAAAGAGAGACAACUCCUACACAUGUGAAGAAAACUACCUCAUGCGCAUAAUGGAAAUACAUCUAGGAUUACUAAACAAUUAACAUGAAUGAUAAUUCCUUUCUUAAAGCAAAAAAAAAAAAAACAUAUUUGCUUGGUAUGCAAUUAAAGUUUUCUGUAACAAUAUUUUAGAUCUGAAAAAAAAUAUCAUGUAUCAGAAAUUGUCUCAAAAGUAUGACCCAAUAAUAAUUUCACUGUUUUUUUUUUUUUCACAAAAUUUCCCCUUUAGAAUGAUGAAUAAAUGCAAACUGAGUUUUUGUGGUCUGAAUAAAAACACAUUUUUAAGUAUUGAUUUUCAUUGAUUUUUGCUGGUUAAAGAGAAUUGGAUAGAUCUGUAUGUUGUAAUUUUGAAGGUGCAUAUCUCCUGGGCCAGUUAUUCCAAAGCAAUAAUGAAAAACACAAUCAGUUAUUAUGAAGUCAGGAUGCAAAUUAAGGCACAUGUACAGUAAAAUUUGACUUUAACAAAAUUCUAAGAAAUAAUGAAAAUAAUGAUCAUAUCAUAAUAUGCUUUAUAAUGGAUACAUCAAUUUAUUUAAACAUUCUGCUUUAGCCUAAGUAAGCAUUUGUAUGUACAUGUAAUGUGUUAUAAUAUAUAAUCUUCUGCAUGUAACCACAUAUUUUGAAAGUCACCUCUUAUGCAAAGAAGAAUCUUGUAAACUACAUGCAUAAUGUUUUAAAUUUAUCACGAAAUACAUUUGAAAUAAAUUUUUGCAUCAUAUUUCCCUUAACUUGGGAUCAAUAUAGGCUGUAAAUUUGUGUUUAAAAAAACUUUUUCUUUACUUAGAUUGCAUAGUACCAUAAUAUAUACAGGUAUAUCGGUUCAUAUAUGUUUGAGUCAAGUUUUACUUUAUAUGAUAUUAUGUGUAAUUAUAAAAUUUUCUAAUUUUCCAUUUAGUAUUAUGCCAUCUUUAUUUCUAGUCUUGUCAUAGAAAUGCUAUAUUUACUAUUUUAUGCAUCUCAGAUCCAUAUAUAACAUUAUUUAUAAUUGACUUUUUCUUUCAUGAUGCAGCUAUUGCAGAUUCAUGCAUUAAUUAAUUUAAUCCCUCCAACCUUUCCAUUUUUUUUUCUUUUCUUUUUUUUUUCUUUUCAAAGAAUAAAUCAUGUCCUGAAAAUCCAAUUUUUAACUGCUCGCCUGAAGAAAUUUUUGGUCCAUUAAAAAAGAUUUGAUGUCCUGAAAAAUAAUCAUUCUGUCUUUUGUCAUCCCAUCUGUUCAUCAUAUCUAGUGUUCAGAAUUAAAAAAAAAAAAACUACAAAAUGUGUACAUAUGUGCAAUUAACCCUUUCACAAUAGCUGUGGUAUUUCUCUUUUGCAAAUUGAUAUAAUUUGGCCCUAUUUUUUUUUGAAAGAUAAAUAAAUGGCAUAGAUUAAACAAUUGCAUCUACGUCAUACUUCACCAAACUAUUUGAAUUUGUCCUAGCUGCAAAAGAUUGAUGCCAUAGUUACUGCUAGAUCAGGGGAUUUAUAAUCAUUUAAGUAGAUAUCACUGUCAAAUCUGGCUGAAUUCAAUCACUCUCAGAGUAUAUAUAUGUAAACAUAUCAUCUUUCGUAUUAUUUAUUGUUGCAAUGCUUCUGAUAUUUGUGUUUUAGCACCAGUGCAUCUCGCGCUGCACAAACUUUUAUUUCUGUGAACAGAGACGUACCAUAUGAAUUAUUUAGAUAUGUAUUUGUAUUGAUGAGUAGCUCAAGAUUUAUUUUGUAUCUAUAUUAGAUCUACUAGUGCUUUAAUUUUUUAUUCUAUUUUUUUUUAGUUUACAUGUAUUUUGUGUUUAGCAUUUAGUUUGUGAAAAAAAGCCAACAUAAUAUUUAAGUGUAGCUAUGUAGUUUUCUUCAUUUUGGGAACAAAUAGUUCGACAAAAACAAUGUAUGCAAUUCACAGAAAAUCUUCUUCUUUUUUUAAAAUAUUUUUUAGUUAUUUCAAAUUUGAAUUUUUAUUUAUUUAUUUUGUUCACUUCUUUUCAAUACUUAAGUUCAACAUUGUUUUUUGUUUUUUUUUGGUUUUUUUUUUUUUUUUCAAGCAGACUCAUAUUUCGAGAUCAUUAGAAAUAUUAAUACCACAAAUCCUGCAAAUAUUGUUUUGUUGAUUUUUUUUUUGUCAGUAGUUACAACUUGUUGAAUUUUCCCCAUUCCCAGAUAUAUUGCAUUAUGUUAUAUAUUUUUACAACCAGUUGUUGGAGAUAAUUGUUAUUAAGACCUAGUUUUCUGUAUUGGGACUGAUAACAGUUUGUUCCUUUGUCUUUGUUGACUCCAAUUGUUACUGAUCAAUCUAUUUUUCUUUCUCCUUUAUAUCUAUAUCAAACAGUCCUCUGGUUAUUUUUCUGUGUGUGUCUUUUGUUGAGUGUUUCUGUUAGCAUAAUAUAGACCACCAUAUACUAGUAUAUAUUGUAUGUAAAAGGGUGUGUGUUUAUUUAAUUAAAAAAUAAUUACUAAAAAAUUGGUGUUGAUUUUUAUGCCCCCUUCUAAGGUCAAGUUGGAAUUUGGUUACAAUUGUAUCAUUUUUGACAGAGUCAUGCCCCUUUGACUCAAAAAAAUUAUUUGCAGUUUCUGUUCUUUUUCUUUGUGGAUGUUUCCAAGGUGUGUGUGGGGGGUGGGGCAUAAGUGUUCACAAACAUCUCUUGUUUUUAUGGUAUACUAGUAAUUUCUCUUUACAUGUAUAAGUACGUUAUGUAAGUAAUAAACGCAAUUGUUCUGGAUUUGAUUUAAUCUUGCCUUUUGCUAUUGAAGUCCCACCCUAAACACCAUCUUUUAAAUAAUUUUCUGUCUGUAAACUUUUUACAUUUUCGACUUCUCCUCCAGUAUCACUGGGCCGAUUUCUACCAAAAUUUGCAGAAAGCAUCCUUUUGAGGAGGGAAUAUGAAGGGCCGCGUCCUCUUUCAAAUGGAGACAAUUAAGAAUUAUUGAAAAGAACAGGGGCGUAUAAGGCGUUGUAUAUCCCCCACUGGGAGCAAUGAGGACAAAAGAAUUUCAAUUUAAGUUAGAAUAUUAAUUUUUGACUAGUAUGCAUUGUUUUUAGUGUAAAUUUUACGAUGGAAGUCAAUAUUGUGCUUUCAUUCUAUAAACACGACAGGUAUUGGUUUCCAAAUUAAGCUGCACAGCGUUUUAUGCCGAAAUUUUCAAUCAUUCAUUGUUCAAAAUUGCAAAAUUUAGGUAUGAAUGGGUCUCGACUCCAUUCUAAAAGUACUUUUAUUUAAAGAAUAAUUCUAUAUUGAUUUUUAUUAUUGAUUUAUUAAAAUGAAGUCUAGACCCAUAAUGUGUCAAAUUCGUGGUUUUCACCAAAAAUGUUUACUUUAUUAAUUAUUGUCAAACAGUUAAAUUUAUUCACCCGUACUCUAAUUUGUCAACGUAGCUCACUAUGAUAGUCGGAGGCUCGUAGUUCAUCCUUCUGGAUGGAGAGGGUGUUCGAAUCGUAUAGAAGGCGUUUUAUUUUUUAAUUCAUUUGCUUUUAAGUAAAAUAUUUUUUGCUUUUUUAUUGGAUUAUUAUAAAAAAAAAUGUAAUACCAUUUAUAUAAAGACAACAAUUACGUAAUGUUCAUGUUCUGUUCACACAAUGUAGGGUAAAAGUAGCGCUAGCACAGAUAUGAGAUCAUGCUGUAAUGUUUAGAAAGCAACAAAUAAAAAAGGAGAUCAGUACCA